AUGGCGGGGCCCGGGGCGGCCGCGGCGGCGCUGCUCCCGGCUGUCCUGUUGGCGGUGCUGGCGCCCUGGGCCGGCCGAGGGGGCGCCGCCGCACCCGCCGCACCCAACGGCACGCUGGGGGCCGAGCUGGAGCGCCGCUGGGAGAGCCUGGUGGCGCGCUCGCUGGCGCGCCUGCCGGUGGCCGCGCAGCCCAAGGAGGCGGCCGUCCAGAGCGGCGCGGGGGACUAUCUCCUGGGCAUCAAGCGGCUGCGGCGACUCUACUGCAACGUGGGCAUCGGCUUCCACCUCCAGGUGCUCCCCGACGGCCGCAUCGGCGGCGUGCACGCGGACACGAGCGACAGCCUGCUGGAGCUGUCGCCGGUGGAGCGGGGCGUGGUUAGCAUCUUUGGCGUGGCCAGCCGGUUCUUCGUGGCCAUGAGCAGCAAGGGCAAGCUGUACGGCUCGCCGUUUUUCACAGAGGAGUGCAAGUUCAAAGAGACCCUCCUCCCCAACAACUACAACGCCUACGAGUGCUACAGAUACCCCGGCAUGUUCAUCGCCUUGAGCAAGACCGGCAGGACCAAGAAAGGGAGCCGAGUGUCCCCCACCAUGAAGGUCACCCACUUUCUCCCCAGGCUGUGACUCCCAGCGUCCCGCCUCCAAGUCCCGGACAGUCAGGAGACUUUCUUCAGAUGGACGGUCUAAUGCAAGAGUAGGUGUAAGAUAUUUAAAUUAAUUAUU